UAGUAUUGAUUCUCUGGUACGACUUCGGUUCCUGUCUCGGCAGCAGCAGCAGCGAUCGCUGAGCGAAGAGUGCCUAAGACAGCUGACCGAGAUGCCGAAUAUCAAAAUCUUCAGCGGCAGCUCUCACCAGGACUUAUCCCAGAAAAUUGCCGACCGCCUGGGCCUGGAGCUAGGCAAGGUGGUGACUAAGAAAUUCAGCAACCAGGAGACCUGUGUGGAAAUUGGAGAGAGUGUACGUGGAGAGGAUGUCUACAUUGUUCAGAGUGGUUGCGGUGAAAUCAACGACAAUCUCAUGGAGCUUUUGAUUAUGAUUAACGCCUGCAAGAUUGCUUCAGCCAGCCGGGUUACUGCAGUCAUCCCAUGCUUCCCUUAUGCCCGGCAGGAUAAGAAGGAUAAGAGCCGGGCCCCAAUCUCAGCCAAGCUUGUUGCAAAUAUGCUCUCUGUAGCAGGAGCAGAUCACAUCAUCACCAUGGACCUUCAUGCUUCUCAAAUUCAGGGUUUUUUUGAUAUCCCAGUGGACAAUUUGUAUGCAGAGCCAGCUGUCCUGAAGUGGAUAAGGGAGAAUAUCUCUGAGUGGAGGAACUGCACUAUUGUCUCACCAGAUGCUGGUGGAGCUAAGAGAGUGACCUCCAUUGCAGAUCGGUUGAAUGUGGACUUUGCCUUGAUUCACAAAGAACGGAAGAAGGCCAAUGAAGUGGACCGCAUGCUGCUGGUGGGAGAUGUGAAGGAUCGAGUGGCCAUCCUUGUGGAUGACAUGGCUGACACUUGUGGCACAAUCUGUCAUGCAGCUGACAAACUUCUGUCAGCUGGAGCCACUAGAGUUUACGCUGUCUUGACUCAUGGAAACUUUUCUGGCCCAGCUAUUUCUCGCAUCAACAAUGCGUGUUUUGAAGCAGUAGUAGUCACCAAUACCAUACCUCAGGAGGAUAAGAUGAAGCAUUGCUACAAAAUAAAGGUGAUCGAUAUCUCCAUGAUCCUUACAGAAGCCAUCAGGAGAACUCACAAUGGGGAAUCUGUGUCCUACCUGUUCAGCCACGUACCUUUGUAA